AUGCGGAAGUGCGCGCGCACACUUAGUAAGGAGCCGGCACAGAGGGAGAACGGCGCUGCGGGCGUCCCCGCCGAUGGCAGCGUGGCGGGUUUCCCCGCCACGCUGACUACCUUGGUUGACUUUAUACUAACAGGCUUAUCUACUGCGUACGCCACUGAAUUACUACUCUUUGUACUCUUCCUUGUGAUUUAUGUGUUUUCAUUUCUGAGCAACCUUUCUAUGACAUUGCUGAUAUGGGCUGUCCCCAAGCUACACACUCCUAUGUAUUUUUUCCUGAGUCAUUUGUCAUUGAUCGACAUGUGUUAUUCCUCAACCAUCAUACCCAAGAUGCUCUCAGAUUUCCUAACAAAGAGAAAGCACAUAUCAUUUAGCGCCUGUGCAACACAAAUGUUUUUCUUUGCUAUGUUUGCAACCUCUGAGUGCUUCAUGGUGACUGCUAUGGCAUAUGAUCGAUAUGUAGCAAUAUGUCAGCCUCUUGUGUACCAUAUCAUAAUGAACAAGAAUUUGUGCUGGUUGCUGGUAAUAGGAGCUUAUUUUAGCAGCCUCCUUGCCUCUGUAACACACACUGCUGCCAUUUUUAGCUUUCCUUUAUGUGGUUCCCAAUUAAUUAACCAUUUUUACUGUGAUAUCCCCCCACUUUUAAAGCUUGUAUGCAUGCAUUCCCAUGCAAGAAAAUCUGUAGUAUUUUCCCUUUCUAUGGUAAUGGGAAUUAUUUCCUUGCUUAUAAUACUGACUUCCUACGUAUAUAUAAUCUGCGCUAUCCUUGGGAUUCAGUCAACACAUGGAAGAUCUAAAGCCUUCUCCACCUGUGCUUCACAUCUGACUGUAGUAAUCUUAUUUUACAGCAGUGUCUUUUCUAUUUAUUUUAGACCUAGCUUGGGCCUAGAAUUUGGAAAUAUAGAUAAAUUCUUUUCAAUAUUUUAUACUGUGGCCUCUCCCUUGCUGAACCCUCUUAUUUACAGUUUUAAGAACAUGGAAGUGAAAAAUGCACUGAAACAUUUUCUGGCCUUGAAAAUAAAAACUAAGCUUCUGAACAGCUAG